AUGGAGCUGUCCCUGUGUCCCAGCAGGUGUCCCCAUGGAGCUGUCCCCGUGUCCCAGCAGGGUCCCCUUGGAGCUGUCCCCGUGCCCCAGCAGCCAGUGAUCAUCCUCCAGCAGCUGCCGGCGCCCCUGGCCCCCACCGCGGGACCCGCCCGGGGAGAUCUGCUGGAGCUGAUGAUGAUCCAGAACUCCCAGAUGCACCAGGUGGUGAUGCACAGCCUGGCCCUGGCAGCACUGACAACCUUCGGGCUGGCACCAGCCCCUCCUGCUGCCCAGGAGAUGUCAGUGCCUCUGCAGGGCGAGGAGGAAGAGGAGGCUGUGGUCUUCCACCAUCACUACAUCACCUACCCUGGGCCUGCUCCUGUCCUGCCCUGGCCAGUGCCAGCACGGGGGCAGAGAGCAGCUGUGAGGCACCUGGGCACAGAGGCAGCAGCUGAGGAUGGGCAGAUCCAUGCAGUGCCCCCUCCUCCACCCCCCAGCGCCACAGGGACCGUGGGACCCAGCAUCUCACCAGCAUCAGAGUACUACGACAUGGUGAUGGUGGAGGAAGGGCUGUGAGCUCCAUGCUUGCCAGGAUGACUUCUGCUGGGCAUCCAAACCUCAGUCCAGAGGAUUCUGGAGGUGCUGGGCAUGGUUUGCUCCAUGCUUCUCAG